ACGUCAGUCUGGAGCUGCGACUCCUCCGAGCGCUCAUGAACAUUCACGCUGCGACGACUCCACCUGGUGAGUAGACGACCAGAGAGGAAUAAAGCUACUGAGGAAACACGUGUGGAACAAUGGGAGAGAAUAAACGUAGGACAGAAAGCCUUUCGUUUGGAUUAAUUCAUUGAAAUCUGUGGACCUCUAAUCCUCAGGCGGCCGUUGCUGGCGGUGAGAAAUAAACUACACGGCAACUUCAGAUAUAAACUCUGUUUAUUUCUCUCCCGCGAGCCGAAGAGACACAAUGGCGACAAUCGCGUCUGAACUUAGGAUCUUGGUGUUUGGAAAGAAAUCAAACGAAAAAACGAGACUGAGUGACUUCAUCACGAGGGAAAAAGAGAGUCUGUAUCAGAAAGUGACGAAGCAAUGCACCUUCGCCGGUGGAGAAUGGAGGGGCACGCAGCUAAAGGUGGUGAACACCUCAGACGUCUUCGGUCUGCCGGAGGACCGGGUGAGACACGAGACGAGAAGGUGCGUCGCUCUUUGUGCUCCGGGGCCAAACGUCCUCCUGUUGCUGGUGAGGCCGUCGGAUUUCGAUGAAGAGGACAGACGGAAAUGUGAGUUAAUUCUGAGCUUCUUUGGUCCGGAUGCCUUUAACUACUCGAUGGUCGUCAGAGCGCAGGUGGAAGAGGCGGACAACCCGUCUGUGGACCAAGUCGUCCGAGACUGCAGCCAGAGGGAGCACAGCAUCGACUUGGACGGACAAGGUCUCGCGGAUUGUGAUUAUAAAGAACUGAUUGGAAAGAUGCAGAACAUAGUGAAAGACAACAAAGGAGGGCAUCUAAACUGUAUUGAAGAGGCUGAUCCCAGAGCAGCGUCCGUAACAUCCAAGCCUCCCCUGAACUUAGUGCUGUGUGGGAGACAUGGAGCCUGGAAGACCUCGACGGCCAGAGCCAUUCUGGGACAAAGAGAGUUUGGUCCACCUGUCGACUCCUCAGAGUGUGUUCAACAUCAGGGAGAAGUGAGCGGACGUCGGGUUUCUCUGGUGGAGCUGCCCGCCUUGUGUGGGAAGCCUCGGGAGGAAGUGAUGGAGGAAUCCUUCAGGUGUGUCUCCCUGUGUGGCCCUGAGGGCGUCCAUGCCUUCAUCCUGGUCAUACCUAUGGGUGCCCAAAGUGAGGAAGACCAGAAAGAGUUGGAGACCAUCCAGAACACUUUCACAUCUAGUGUGAAUGACUUCACCGUGAUUCUGUUCACUGUCAAGUCAGAUCCUCAUUCUGCAGAAGUCGUGAGAUGCCUGAAGGAGAAUACGCAAAUUCGGGACCUCUGCCGGAACUGUGGAGAUCGACAUGUCGUCUCAGACCUCAGAGACCAGCAGCAGGCCUCCGAUGUGUUGCACACUGUGGAGAAGAUGACCGCUGGCACAUCCGGAGGUUUCACAAAGGAAAUGAUGGCCAAGCCCCGGGUGGGUAAGGCUGCAAAGCCAGAACCUGCACCGAAGAGGGACGUCUAUGAACGUCCGAACAGAGAGUGCCUCAGGAUAGUGCUGAUUGGGAAGACAGGUUCUGGAAAGAGUGCCAGUGCGAACACCAUUUUGGGCAAAGCGUGCUUCAAAUCUAAAGCCAGCCCAAAGUCGGUGACAGAGUUUUGCCACAAAGAAACCGGGGACAUCGAAGGACGUCCCGUCGCCAUCGUCGACACGCCCGGCUUGUACGACACCACCCUGUCCAACGAGGAGGUGAAGCAGGAGCUGGUGAAGUGCGUCACCAUGUUGGCUCCCGGCCCUCACGUGUUCCUCCUGGUGCUGCAGAUCGGCCGCCUGACACAAGAGGAGAAAGACACCGUGGAGCUCAUCAAGGGGUUUUUCGGAAAGAAGUCGGAAGACUACAUCAUCGUCAUAUUCACCAGAGGAGACGACCUUCAAGGGAAAUCCUUUAAGAGCUACAUGCAGGAAGACAGCAAAGGCUUUGUUCGAAGACUCCUGGAUGACUGCGGAGGAAGAUACCAGGUCUUCAACAACAAACACCACAAUGUCGAUUCGGUCCGAGAGCUAUUGAGCAAAGUCGACUCGAUGGUGAAGAAGAACGGCGGCGACUGCUACACCUCCAAGAUGUUCCAAGAAGCUGAAGCAGCCAUACAGAAGGAAAUGAAGAGGAUCCUGAAAGGAAAGGAGGGAGAGAUCGAGAAAGAGAAGACAGACUUUGAAAAUAAACACAUCGAAGUCAUUCAGGCCAAGCAGAAGGAAUUGACCGAACAAGCCACCAAAAACCAACGAGACAGAGAACUGAAAACCAAACUCAUCCAGAUGAAGGCGGAACACAUUAAGAUGGAGCAGGAGAAGAUGGAGAAGGACCAAGAGGAGAGAAGAGCCCAGGAAAGGAAGACAAAAAUGCAGGAUGAGAUCCAAAAAAUGCAGUGGAAACAAAGCCUGGAAGCCGCCGGCAAAGUGCAGACGGAGAGCGGAGAGGAGAUGAGGCAAGUGCAGGAGAUCUGGGAGAAGGAGCACAGCGAGAGGUGGGAGAAGCAAUACCAGGAGGACCAGCGGAGGCGACAGGAGGAGCAAGCGCAGCUGCAGAGGCUCAAGGAAGAGUACGAACAGGAGAAACGCCAGCUGAAGAAAAACAGGAAGGAUGAUCGACUCAGGAAAGAAAAAGAAGAGAUGGAGUUAAAGAAAUUGCAAGAGACCCUGAUGAAGAAUCUGAUGGUGAUCCAGAAAAAACACGAAGAAGACGCCAGACAGCAGGCGGAGGAAUUCAACGACUUCCGACAGAGUUACGCCGACGACUUCGACGCUCUGACGGAGAAGCACGGCAAGGACAUGGAGGACCUGAAGGAGCGGUACCAGAAGCACAACGAGCUGCUCGUACAGCAGCUGUGCAAACACAACCCCUACCGGAGAGACUUCGACCGGCUGGUCAGGAAACAGGAAGACGAAAGGAACGAAAUGACGGCCACGCUUCGUCCAGCGAACAGAGAAAACAUGUACGAAGAAAUCAGCGAGCUGAGGGCGAAGCACGAGGAGGAACAAAACCAGUGGAUACAAGAACACGUGAAGAAAGCCAGAAGAAGGAACUGCCCCAUCUUAUGAGCCGUGGUGGGACGUGACAACAGCAGCCAGUUCCUCACGAGACGCACAACGGGCCACAACACAAAGACUUGUUUAGCGAGGUCAGCGUUCAGUCGGACGGAUCUAUUAUAACCGAUAACCAUCACUAGAAACCUGCAUUCUCGGCAAUGGCCACCAGGAGGAGUCUGCUCCCUUGGUCGCUCAAAACCACAUUUUACAUUUUUCCCGUGUUUUGCUUCUCAACUGUAGUGAAGGAAGUUGAAGUGCAUCACAAUGUUUUAUGUCUCUUUGAAGCAUGAAUUGAAAUGAAUUGGUAUAUAAAUAUAUAUAUCUAUAUUUGCAGGAAGGUAGUAUACCAUGCAUGUCAUCUUUCCGUUGUAAGUACAUAUCAGACAUUGAACGUCAUCUUUUACAUAAAAUGAAGUUGAAAUGAUUCUUCUGGUUUUAAAAACAUCUCGCUGAAAAAGGAGCACAAUUAGCCGGCCGGCACAUUUAAAGUAAUUAAAGUUGAUUAAUGUGUGUUGUGCUUAUGAACAUGUAAAUGUAAUUAAAUCCUUCAUUUGGUGGAUAGAUUUUGAAAAAGGGGGGAGAUGAAAUGUAGAGUGGCGGACCAAAAGUUAAUCACAGUGGCAGGAAGUUUAAAUUUAAAGUUCGCACUGUAAUAAUAUUUUUAUUUUAUUUUUAUUAAUUUGUGCUUAAUAUCAUCAUAUCUUAUGAACGCUAAGGUGCCUUAUCGAGUUCAGAAGGUUUCUUGUGAAAAAGAAAUCACCAAAUAUGUAUUUUUUGUUUCAUGUAAACACACUUCACUGAUUAAUAAACGAAUAUGGACAAAUCAA